UAGUUUUAUACUGCCUUUUGCAAGCAUACAUGGCUACAGGUUCUCAUGAAGAUAUCAAUACAAUUAUGGCUAGCAGGUUACAAAAGUGUAUAUUGACUACAAUACAUGUCAAAGAUGUUCCAUUUGGUGAGAUUGAUCCUUUGUUUGCUCAUAAGUACUUUCAUGAGUUGGGUCGAGUUUGGAAAGUUUAUGCAGGGAAUGACUUACAUUUCCUUAGUUGGAAUCAAUCUCUUCAACAACCUCUAAUAACAGAUGGCUGGACAAAGCUACGUGAACACUUUAACUUGCAGGGAAUAUAUCAUGAAAUUAACUUCGUUUAUUAUGGUGAUAGUAUGUUUUACAUGUUGCUUCCUUCGACAGAAUCAUGCCCAACUAAUGAAUUCCCUUCAUUUCACUCCCUAUCCACUAAAGUCCCUGAACCACUAACUUUUGAGAUUGUUUUAAAAGAUAACUCAAAUGGAUUCAGAGAAGAAUUAAUCUUCGACAAGUGGUUAGGCGACUAUAUAACAUCUUUUCAUAAUUAUUUAGUGCUUCAAGGUCCCGUCGAGGAAUCUCCUUUGGCUGAAAUUAUUCAAACACCGGGUCGGAAUGGAGUCCGGAAAAUGGAGUAUCAAGCAUGGUCUAAAUUCUGCAUGGAUAAUUACCUUUCAGCUGGAGAUCGUCUAAAGUUUACUUUUUACAAUAUUGCAAAGAGCAACAGAGUUGAUGUUGAUGUUGUUAGAGUUGUUAUAUAAUCCAACUAUCAACAUAUGGAACAAUGGUUUAUGUUAAUUUAUUUUUACCUGUACUAAUGACUACUACAACUGUAGUGAAUUUCAUGUUAGUUAUUAUGUCUUAUUGUUAUUAUUUGUCUUGGUAUUUUUUCGGUUAAUCUUUGACAGGUUUAAAACAUAAAGAUAAGGAUAUAGCUAAAACCAACUUAUGGCGGCAAAUAUUAUG